UCUCCUUUGACAUCUUUUCUUCACUGACUCCGCUUUUUAUUCUAUUCUCCAAAUAACACACAGCGCAACUUUCGUCUUCUAUCCCCAACCCUAACCAGUUAGCGAACGAUCGAUUAGAGUUUCGACGCAGGAUGAGUUCGAAAGAGCGAAGCCAGCAGCCGCAUUCGAGGGUUCCUCGUCGUCAGGAGUGGAUUCGUAGAGAUGUUGGUGGUUGCUCCAAUCCAAGAAAGCCCAAGAAGGGAUCAUCUUCGAAUUCGAGGGAGGAGUCUAAUUUGCCUCAGCUGCUGCAAGAGAUUCAGGACAAGCUCGUCAAAGGAGCUGUCGAAUGCAUGAUUUGUUAUGACAUGGUGCGCAGGUCUGCGCCUAUCUGGUCUUGCUCCGGUUGCUUCUCUAUCUUUCACCUCACUUGUAUCAAGAAGUGGGCUCGUGCACCCAUUUCUGUGGAUUUGUCCGUUGAGAAGAACCAGGGCGGCUUCAAUUGGCGUUGCCCUGGUUGCCAGUCUGUGCAGCUCACUUCAUCCAAGGAUAUUAGGUAUCUAUGCUUCUGUGGAAAGAGGCCAGAUCCACCCUCUGAUUUGUAUCUCAUGCCACAUUCCUGUGGAGAACCAUGUGGCAAGCCUCUUGAGAGGGACCUUCAAGGGGAUAAGGAGCUUCUUUGCCCUCAUCUUUGUGUCUUGCAAUGCCAUCCCGGCCCCUGUCCUCCUUGCAAAGCAUUUGCCCCUCCACGUCUGUGUCCUUGUGGGAAGAAAAAUAUUACCACUCGUUGCUCUGACCGCCAGUCUGUUCUUACCUGUGGCCAGCGCUGCCAAAAGCUUCUUCAAUGUGGCCGUCAUCGCUGUCAGCAAAUCUGUCAUCUGGGUCCUUGUCAUCCUUGUCAAGUUCCAAUCAAUGCCUCUUGCUUUUGUGCCCAAAAGAUGGAGGUAAUUCUUUGUGGGGAGAUGGCUGUCAAGGGUGAAAUCAGAGCAGAUGGUGGAGUAUUCUCUUGUGGUUCCACUUGUCAAAAGAAACUUAAUUGUGGUAAUCAUAUCUGUAUCGAGACUUGUCAUCCAGGUAGCUGUGGGGACUGUGAAUUAUUACCAUCCCGUAUUAAGACAUGCUGUUGUGGGAAAACUAGAUUGGAGGAGAAACGCCACAGUUGUUUAGACCCAAUUCCUACCUGUUCACAAGUAUGUGGCAAGUACCUUCCUUGCGGGAUUCAUCAUUGUGAAGAGCCAUGCCAUGCUGGGGAUUGUUCUCCUUGUCUGGUUCUAGUUUCUCAGAAGUGUAGAUGUGGCUCGACUUCCCGAACUGUGGAGUGUUGCAAGACAAAAAUGGAAAAUGAGAAAUUUACUUGUGAAAGGCCUUGUGGGCAGAAAAAGAAUUGUGGAAGGCAUCGAUGUAGUGAAAGGUGUUGUCCACUUUCUAAUCCAAAUAAUAUUCUAAAUGCAGAUUGGGAUCCACACUUCUGUCAAUUGCCGUGUGGAAAGAAGUUAAGGUGUGGGCAGCAUGCAUGUGAAUCCCUGUGCCACAGUGGUCAUUGUCCACCUUGUCUUGAAACUAUAUUUACUGAUUUGACAUGUGCUUGUGGUAAGACUUCAAUCCCUCCUCCAUUGCCUUGUGGCACACCGCCUCCCUCAUGUCAGCUUCCAUGUUCAGUUCCUCAGCCUUGUUCGCAUCCAGCCUCUCACAGCUGUCAUUUUGGAGAUUGCCCUCCUUGUUCAAUGCCCAUAGCAAAAGAAUGUAUUGGUGGACAUGUAGUUCUUAGGAACAUACCUUGUGGUUCGAAGGAUAUUAAAUGCAAUAAACUCUGUGGGAAGACCAGACAGUGUGGUUUACAUGCAUGUGGCAGAACAUGUCACCUCCCCCCUUGUGAUAAUCUGUCAGCUGUGCCAGGUAUCCGAGCCUCUUGUGGGCAAACAUGUGGUGCUCCUAGGAGAGACUGCCGGCAUACAUGUACAGCUCCUUGUCACCCUUCAACUCCAUGUCCAGAUACAAGAUGCAAAUUCCCUGUCACAAUUACUUGUUCUUGUGGCCGAAUAACAGAAAAUGUUCCUUGUGAUGCUGGUGGCAGUUGUGCUAAUUAUAAUGCUGAUACUGUACAUGAAGCUUCCAUUAUUCAAAAGUUGCCUGUGCUUCUUCAACCCGUGGCUGCAAAUGGCAAAAAAGUCCCCCUCGGACAAAGAAAACUGAUGUGUAAUGAUGACUGUGCUAAGUUAGAGCGGAAAAGGGUUCUUGCAGAUGCUUUUGAGAUUACCGCUCCAAAUCUGGAUUCACUCCAUUUUGGUGAGAAUUCAGUUGCUUCUGAAUUGCUGGCUGACAUGUUGAGACGUGAUUCUAAAUGGGUUUUAUCUGUUGAAGAGAGAUGCAAGUUUUUAGUACUUGGCAAGAGCAGAGGAAAUGCACAUGGUCCAAAAGUCCAUGUUUUCUGUCCUAUGUUAAAGGACAAAAGAGAUGCAGUGAGGGUGAUUGCUGAGAGAUGGAAGCUUGCAGUGAAUGCAGCUGGUCGGGAGCCAAAGCAUUUCGUAGUUGUUCAUGUUACCCCAAAAUCAAGAGCUCCUGCUCGUGUGCUAGGGUUUAAGGGUACUACAACUGUAAAUGUACCCCUUCCUCCGGCAUUUGAUCCUUUGGUUGAUAUGGAUCCUCGACUUGUUGUCUCUUUUAUAGACUUACCAAUGGAUGCAGAUAUUAGUGCAUUGGUGUUGAGAUUUGGUGGUGAGUGUGAACUUGUUUGGUUAAAUGACAAAAAUGCAUUGGCCGUUUUUAAUGACCCUGCCCGUGCUGCAACUGCAAUGAGGAGGUUGGAUCAUGGUACGGUUUAUCAGGGAGCUGUGGUGGUGGUUGUUCCAAAUGUCGGGGCAUCAGUAGCAUCUUCAGCUACCAAUGCCUGGGGAGGAUCUGGGACAAUGAAAGGAGGAGCACUGGCAGCAUUAAAGAGUAAUCCAUGGAAAAAGGAUGUUAUUCAAGAGCCAGGUUGGAGAGAAGAUGCUUGGGGUGAUGAGGAGUGGGCUACUGGUUCUGCUAAUGUCAAAUUGCCUAUUCAGAAGAAAGAAGCCCGAAUAUCUGCUUCAGUAAAUCCUUGGAGUGUCCUAAAUCAAGAAUCGUCUUCAAGUUCAUCUGUUGCAGCCAUUAAAAUUGAUGGUUCUAGGAAACACUCUGAAAGUAGUGUUAUCACAAAGUUGGAGCCUCGUGAUGGUGGUUCAAAUCUAGGAGGGCAGCCUGCAGGAAACUUUGAUGCUUUGGAAGCUUCUGAUGUAGUAGAUGAUUGGGAGAAGGCUUGUGAAUAGCAAGGAGUAAACAUUUUUCAUUUUAUUUUGUUGAGAAGGAGGCAGAUUUUGACUAGUGAAAUGUCUAAGGCUCUUUUUGUCCACUAGAUGUAUCUCUUUUCAUGUUUUAUCCCCCUGAUUUUAAUCAAUUUCGAUGUUAUUCUAACUAGUUGGUGCCACUGUUGAGAUAAUAUCUGACAUUCUACCCUAGCUUUUGAGACUGAUAGAAGAAGGGAUGUGAAUGUUUACCACAAAUAGCAUUGGUACUAAGCUUAUCAGAGAUUACCAUAGAAAAUUGUACUCAAAUUUUGGUUUGCUGUAAGCUCUGCCCUCAAUUUGGGUACACAUCUCAAUUACAAAACAGUUCAAAGUUAAUUUUAUCACAAUCAAUUCUACUCAACUUUAAUACACGGGCACUAAAUAUUUAUAAGUAUUAAAUAUUAUUGUACUUGGUUUAUCAAAACCUGGAGGGGAUGGGAUGUUGUAUAUGAUAUUAUAAGUUGGUGGCUUGACUGGCUUCCAUGAAAAUAGAUUACUUGAAAUGUGGAAUGGAGCAUAUGAGAAAGACCAAUAGUUUGUCUCACUGCAAAAGGAUGUCAAUUUUGAAUCUCUGGAAGCAAAAAAAAAAAAAAAAGUCUGCUGUUCUACAUCUGCAAAAAGUCUUGUGCUGGAGAUGUCCGUAAUCUUUCAGAGAGGAUUUGUACAUACAUUGUUUCCUGGAGUCCAUGCUCUUAUGCCGGUUUUCUCACUAUCUGAAAAUUUUCAUAUUCUAUUUGCAUGCAGAAGCUGGGACAGUGGAAAGAGAUUGCCAUAUUCGUUUCACUUUUAUAAUGUGUACUUAUUUGCAAAUAAGUGUGCACUUGCGUAUGAAAGAAAUAGCAAUUGAAGUAAAAUUUAAGAUCAA